CCCAGCCUUCCCGGACUCAGAAGUUCUCUCAGGGAUCCGCCGCGGUGCACUUCUACUCGAGACAGUGUCAGCGCUCGGGCGGGGAGCCUGAGUGGCGGCGGGCGGGAUGAGCGCGGCGCGGACGCUGCGGGUGCCGGGCCGCCACGGCUAUGCCGCCGAGUUCUCUCCGUACCUGCCGGGCCGCCUGGCCUGUGCCGCGGCGCAGCACUACGGCAUCGCGGGCUGUGGAACCCUAUUAGUAUUGGAUCAAAAUGAAUCUGGACUUCAGAUUUUUAGAAGCUUUGAUUGGAAUGACGGCUUGUUUGAUGUUACCUGGAGUGAAAACAAUGAACAUGUCCUUGUCACCUGUAGCGGUGAUGGCUCACUACAGCUCUGGGACACUGGCAAACCCACAGGGCCUCUUCAAGUCUAUAAAGAGCACACUCAGGAGGUGUAUAGUGUUGAUUGGAGCCAGACCAGAGGUGAACAACUUGUAGUGUCCGGCUCGUGGGAUCAGACUGUUAAAGUGUGGGAUCCAACUGUUGGAAAUUCUCUGUGUACCUUUAGAGGCCAUGAGAGUGUCAUUUACAGUACAAUCUGGUCUCCCCACAUCCCUGGUUGUUUUGCUUCAGCUUCAGGUGAUCAGACUCUGAGGAUUUGGGAUGUGAAGACCACAGGAGUCCGUGUUGUGAUUCCAGCACAUCAGACAGAAAUCCUGAGCUGUGACUGGUGUAAAUACAAUGAGAACUUGGUGGUGACAGGCGCAGUUGACUGUAGCUUGAGAGGCUGGGACUUAAGGAAUGUGCGACAGCCUGUCUUUGAACUUCUCGGUCACACGUAUGCUAUUAGGAGGGUGAAAUUUUCACCGUUUCAUGCCUCUGUGCUGGCCUCUUGUUCCUAUGAUUUCACUGUAAGAUUCUGGAAUUUUUCAAAGCCUGAUCCGCUUCUGGAAACAGUGGAGCAUCACACAGAGUUUACUUGUGGCUUAGACCUAAGUCUCCAGAGUCCCACUGAGGUAGCUGACUGUUCCUGGGAUGAAACCAUAAAGAUCUAUGACCCUGUUUGUCUCGCGGUUCCUGGUUAAGACACGCUGCUCUAGUCAAAAAACAGAUAGUGACUGAUGGUCUACUUAGCAUCAGAACAUUAACUACUGAUAGAAUUAGGCCUUUAUAUGUACUGUAUAUAAGAGUUCAGAAUUCUUAGACUUACAGGGAAAUCAGUUUUGAGGUAUCUGAUAAAGACAUUGUAUCAUAUUGUAAUCCUGGUACAUAAGCCAUGUUUUCUGAAAUCCUAAAGAAUAAUUGUUGUUAUAAUAUAUCUUGUAAUGUCUAUUAAAAUGUUAUCUCUGUAUUGUAAAAUGACAUAAAAUAUGGGAGGUUAGGAGAUUACAUGGGCAGUAAUAUAUUUUAUUAUUAAUUUGUCAUUUUGGAUAUAAAAUAAAACCACUCCUGUUGAUAAAAAUCAAAAUAAGCUGCCUUGAUCAUAUAUCAUUUAUGACAUGUCAAUGAGGUUGCCUUUUAAAAAUGUACUAUGUUUAUGGAUAUAAUUUUAAUUUAAUGUAGAUGCAGCUGAUGUUCAUAAAUAAAUGCUGGCAUAGAUUUAAGUUACUCAGAAGUUAUCUGUUGAGUGUCACAUGUACCUGCCAUAUUCUCUCAGGAAUGCUGAGCUGUUAGCUGUACAGUGCUGUGAUUAAGUUUGUUUUCAAUGCCUUGUAUUCACACCCUCUUAGGUACUGGACCCAGGACUUGUCUCUCUUAGCUAGGCAUGGUUUCACACAUCUAUAAUCCCUUGGGAAGCAGAGGCAGGAGGAUUGCAAGUCUUGGGCCAGUCUAGGCUACCAAAUGAGACCUUGUCCAUUCCCUAUCCAAAGUAAAUAAAUUAAUUAAAUAAUUUAAAAAUGACUUAAAAAAAAGCUUUUGGUCCUACUAAGGCUUCUAGUUAUAGCCCUUUAAAGUGGAUUUAACUUAUACUUUUUAAGCAUUUAAUGAAAAAUUAUAAAUAUUGACUGGAAAAUGUUAAAGUAGAAAAAUUAGUAAGACAAAACAUUUUGUAUAGCACUUAUUUUGUAUGUCAAGUAUGCUUUAUAUAAAUGGCAAAAAUUGUAAUUCUUAAGCUUUUGAGAAUGUUAA